UCACUUUCAUUCUAACCUACAAAUCACAACUCAUCUAAUUAACUUAAAUAUUAGAUUAAAUCCUAAUCGAUCCGUUCCGAUUAUUAAGAUACAUCCAAUUAAGUUAUUGAUAAUUGCCGGUACCCUAUUAAAACGUGAUGUAACUCGUAUUCAUCAAUACAACAGAAUACAACUUGUUUUUAAUCUUAAGAAUCAAGAAAACUUUCAACAUGUCUUUUAUAAUGUUCAGCUUUUCGGAACUUUACCGUUCCUACAAGAAUUGGAUUAUAAAGAAUCCAGAUAAAGGUAGCGAUUUCGAAACCACAGCGAAAUGGAUAUCUUACUUCAUAGCAGGAAGAAUUAAUAAUUCGCAUAUUGUCUCGGAAUUAGUGUAUUGUUUGAGUAAUCUUUUGGUGUUUUUUAACGAUCGUUUAAUAAGGGAAGGAAAAAAUUUAUUGGGGCCAUUAGAAAAUGGGAAUAAACUAAAAGAAUGGAUGACCGUUCUCGAGUACUCUGAGGUGUUUUUGGAAUUAUCUGGACAGAAAUUGUGGGGGAAUAAAGGAAGAUGGUUUAUUGUAGUUUGUACUCAAAUCAUAAAAUGCCUUUCAAGAUUUAUUUUAAUCAAAAAAUAUAAAGAAAAGAUUAUACAAUCUCCCCCAAUUCCAAUUUUGGAUCGAAUGAAUUUAACACCAGAAUUAACUGAAGAAGAAUCUGUUGAUGUUAAUAAAGAAGUAGAGUCUGCUUCAUUUACAUUAAAACAAUCUGGAAAAGUGAUUCGAAAAGUUGAUUCAAAUUUAAGUAGAAUUAGAGAUUGGAAUCCUGUUGUUUCAAAUUCCCAAGUUGAUAGUAUCCUUGAAAAGGAUCUUGCUGGGAGGCAGUUUAUUGCAGAAAUGUUAUACAUCACAAAGCCAAUUAUUCAUUUAUGCAGCUCAGCUUGUUUUGGUUAUAACACUUGGAAACCAUGGACUUUAUCAUUAUUUAUGGAUAUCACAAGCUUACAUCUAUAUUAUACUUGUAUGCAAAUGAAACGUGGUGCUUUGACCAGAAAACAACGCAUACAACUUUCUAAAAGAACACUAUUAUUAAUAAUGUAUAUUUUAAGAUCACCAUUUUAUGAAAAACACACCCAAUCUCCCAUUGAAAACAUUUUAAAAGGUUUGGGGAAUAACAUUCCACUAAUGGGGAUUAUUAGUCAACCUUUAUUGAAUUAUUUGCCAUUUUGGCAGAGUAAUUAUGCUUACAUUUGGUCUACGUGAUUAUUUUGAUGAUUUUUAAAUAAAGAAUGGGGUUAAAUAUAAGAUUUUUUACAUUGUAUAAAAAGAUAAAAACGGGGAAAUAGAACAAAGUUGGGACAAAUAUAUCUAAAUAACUGGGAUAAUA